GCGGACGGCGCACGACGUCUUUGAAGACGGAUUUGGGGCUUUGUUUUGGUCGCGUUAGCGUCAAAUAAGGAGUGAAAAUGAAGCUUUUGAAGCCUACAUGGGUUAACCAUGAUGGAAAACCGAUAUUUGGAAUUGACAUUCAUCCAGAUGGAUCAAGGUUUGCCACUGGUGGACAAGGGGAAGACUCUGGUAGAGUCAUCAUCUGGAACAUGGCUCCUGUCCGCAACGAAGAUGAAGAAAAGAACGAAAAUGUACCCAAGAUUCUUUGUGAGAUGGACAAUCAUUUAGCUUGUGUUAACAGCGUCCGAUGGUCUAAUAAUGGCUACUACCUUGCCUCAGGUGCUGAUGAUAGAAUGGUCAUGGUGUGGCAGAUGAUCAGUUAUGGAGGGACCUCAAGAGUCUUCGGUUCAGGCAAGAAUAAUAUUGAACAGUGGAGAUGUGCCCACACACUUCGAUCUCACACUGGAGAUGUCCUUGAUGUUGCCUGGUCCCCACAUGAUGCUUGGCUGGCAUCCUGCAGCAUUGACAACAGUAUUGUCAUAUGGAAUGCACUCAAGUUUCCAGAGAUUAUUUCUGUACUAAGUGGUCACUCUGGUCUGGUUAAAGGUGUGACAUGGGACCCAGUGGGAAAAUACAUCGCAUCUCAGUCUGACGAUAAAAGUCUAAGGAUUUGGAGAACGAUGGACUGGAAAGAGGAGACGGCAAUCUUCGAGCCGUUUGAAGAGUGUGGGGGUACAACACAUAUAUUGAGACUUAGCUGGUCCCCCGAUGGCGCCUAUGUUGUAUCUGCACAUGCAAUGAACAACAGGGGACCAACAGCUCAGAUCAUUGACCGAGAGGGCUGGAAAGCUAAUAUGGACUUUGUUGGACACCGCAAAGCAGUCACAUGUGUGAGGUUCAACUCUAACAUUUUUACAAGAACAAUCAAAAGAGGUAACCAAUCAAAGCAGCAGCCGUAUACGUGCUGUGCAAUAGGCAGUAGAGACAGAUCAGUGUCAAUAUGGCUGACCGCAUUAAAGCGCCCUCUUGUGGUGGUCCAUGACAUCUUCAAUAACUCCAUCAUGGACCUGACGUGGAACCAGGAAGGUGAUGAGCUUCUAGCUUGCUCAGUAGACGGCACAGUCUGUUACUUUAAUCUCAGCAGUGAUGAAGUCGGUUCACAACUCACUAAGGAUGACAAGACAAAACUUCACGAGAAAGUCUACGGAAAGAGCGUCUUCUCGUCAGGAUCCACAAACCUCGCCAACAGCAUCAUUGAGAAUCCAGAGAUGCUGAAACUACAGCAGCAACAGAAAGAGCUGAAGGAGAAGCAGGCGUCCAAGAUCAAGAUGAUGACCACACCUACUAAGACGGUGGUCCAGACGGCCCUCAUUGAGGGACAGCCACUGGAUGUGAAGAGCAAGCAGAUAGAAACAAGAACCCCUGAUGGCAGACGGAGGAUCACACCAUUGCAUAUAGCACCUCAACAGGCAAGCUUCGGAGUGUCCCCGAAGCCAUUCCGCAGCUUAAGUCAGAAUCUCUUUGAUAGUCCCACAUCCAGCAGCCAGCAGGGUCAACCAGGCGGUAAUGUAUUCAUCGAAGGUCAGAACAAGGUCAUGGUGAAGAAAGAGGUCAUGGAUGGGGUCACGACCCUGGACAGUAAUGUGCCUGUUUCUGCGUUGGAUAGUCGCUUCACCCAGAAACAAACCACGGAUGGUCGAGCAACAGCAGCAGCAGCUGCAGAGAAAGCCAAACUCACUGCUGAGAGCCACCUUGCCGAGCAGCCUAAACCAGCCGCAGUAGUCACCGAGGUCUCCCCGAAAGCUGAUGUCAGCACAGCCAAGUCAGGAACGACGGACAUCGCUGCGAUGGCGUCGGCUGCGGCCGCUGCAGCAUGUGCUGAAGCUGCUGCUGCUUAUGCUGAUAAAACCAAAGAUGUAUCCAAACUGAAAGAUGGACCCGUCGUAGCCUCCACCCCUCCUCGUUCCUCUCAAUCCCUGAAGGGGAAACGAGGAGACGCCUCCUCAGAUAAACCCAUCAUUAAGAAGCCUCGCAAGGAGUACAGGACACAGCAGAGAAUUGCUGCUGCAGCUGCUGCUGCUGCCGCUGCUGCAGCAGCUAGUGCAGCUGCAGCGACGCCAACUUCCAGCGGGACCUCAGUUGCUGGUGGUUCAUCUGAAGCGGCAAGUCGGUUGUUACCAGCCAAGCCUCUAAUCAAGAUACCAACCCCAGAGACUCCCAAGAAGUUACAGCUGAAUGUGCCGCGUCAGAGCAGCUCAACUGAACCAGAUCUCGUUGUUGAAUUGGAAAACAGCGACUCAGUCACAGCAAAAUCUGUACAUAAACUCCGAGGAAUGAAAGAGAACGAGACGUUAUGGGAAUCCAUCCUAACCAGUAAAGGAACAAUAUUAACAGGAAAUAGGUUUGUGGUAUGCGUCAGCUGUGAAAACCAAACUGUAAACAUGUUCUCCAGUGAGGGUCGGAGGUUACUCCCAGCGUGUUUGCUGCCCUCUGUUGUCAGCAUUUUACAAUGCAGUAGUGGGUACAUCAUGGCCAUCACAACAUCAGGCUUACUGUAUGUCUGGGAUGUAAGGAGGAUGGAAGCCAAAGUCAGCAGAGUGUCGUUACUGCCAAUCAUGAAAGGUGGUGAUAUAGCCAUCACAAAUUCACUGGUAACAGAUCAGGGAGUACCAGCUAUACUGCUUUCCAAUGGAAAAUCCUACAGCUACAAUUCAUCCAUGUCUUGCUGGAUGUUAUUGUGUCAGCAGGGUGACACCCUCAGUCUCUGCUCAGACCACCAGGCAUGUCAACCAUCCCAGGGGGCGCUAUCUGCAUCCGGACCCCUCACCACACUGCAAGGACCAUUACUCAGAGCAGGGAAGCAGUCCAACGGUAUGUCCCAAUCCAACCGUACCCUACAACGCUCCUCUACAAUGAGCUAUCUAGAGGGUCAGCUGUCCGCUGCUCAAGCUUUAAAGUCUGGUCAUGAGUAUCGCUUCUGGCUGCUGACUUAUGUUCGCUACCUGGUACAAGAAGAGCAAGAGAGCAGAUUACGAGAUAUCUGUAGUGAGUUGUUGGGACCGUUCUACAAAGUGGGGGCUGAGGAAUCACAGUGGCAACCAUUGGAAUUGGGUCUCUCUAAACGAUACCUCCUGGACGAAGUCCUCCCAAUCAUUGGUUCCAAUCUCAAGAUGCAGAGAUUGUACACGGAGUACCAGGAAGAACUGAAAAUCCUGAACGAGAAGAGCCUUAUAACCUGACGCUAGUUACCUCAAAGUUUUAUUCCUAAAUUCCCCAAACUCAGGUGGACCCUUUGUUUGUCAUUAAAAGACGUGCGUCCACUUUUGCAAUUAGAUUGCAACCGUUCGCGCCAAUGUUUUUGACCGAUGAAACGAUUGGAUGGCUGAAAAUCCUGAACAAGAAGAGCUUUAUAACCUGACGCUAGUUGCCUCAAAGUUUUAUUCCUAAAUUCCCCAAACUCAGUUGAACCGUUUGUUUCUCAUCAGAAGACUCACGUCCACUUGUGCAAACAGAUUGCAACCGUUCGCGCAAAUGAUUUUUGAUCGAUUGAAACGAUUGGAUGGCUAAAAAUCCUGAAUGAGAAGAGCUUUAUAAUCUGACGCUAGUUGCCUCAAAGUUUACUCAUAGAUUCCCCAAACUCAGGUGGACCAUUUGUUUCUCACUAAAAGACUCGCUUCAGGGUUGUGUUCCACUUGCGCAAACAGUUUGCAAUCGUUCGCGCAGACGUUUUUUAUCAAUGGAACGAUUCCUGAUGUCAAAAUAGCAGCACUCUGUUAUAAAGAUGGUGACAAUGCAUACAUUUUUGUUUGUACCGUUGGUUUUUUGCUGUAUUGAAGGUCUUCUUUUGUACAUCAUGAGAGCAACUAAUUAAGUUGUUAUUUCGACUCCACCCGACUGCGUUAUCAACCACCAAAAACACACUAUAAAUUCGUUGUGACAAGAAAACAACAUUGUCUGCUUAUAGUGUUGUUGUCCACAAUUUUAAAAUCACCCACCAACAUCUCAGAAGUAUGUUCACCUAUGGUUGCUAACGCUUACCAACUGUGCGUUCCAGGCGAAAUUGUUGGCAAUGUUUUAAAAUCACCCACCAACAUCUCAGAAGUAUGUUCACAAUGUUUGGCAAUGUUUGCGCAAGUUGAAUGCACCCGAAGCAAACAGUUGGUUUGCCCAAACUUCUUAGUUCAUAGUGAGGCUGGCAGGGAAAUAGUCUGGUACUUGUUUUCAAUGCCAGUACUAUGGCCAUAGUUGCAUACAAGUAACAUGACCACAAAAAGGUCUGUGAAAACAAAUAAUACUGUAUUCUGAAAUGAAUUUUUUACGGUAAUAUUCAGUUGUGAUACAAACUUUUUUUUAACCUUUUUUAGUUUUCGAACUAUUAAGGGUAUUAUAGCAACAAUUUUCACUGGGUUUAAGUGAUUCAACGACUAGUGUAUUGCAUAUUUGUUUAUGAUGGAGACGAGUUUACCUAACACUAAAAUACCAAGCCAAACUUCCCUUUAUAUCAACUAAAAGCUUCACAGGAAAAACAAAAAACAAAACUACAGUACUAUAGAAAUAUCCCCAAUAAUUAACAGUGGCAUAUUUUUUAGAAAACCUUGAAUAUGAAGUCAUCUUUUGGGCAGUCUUUUCAGUGAACACAAGAAUAAAAUGAAAGUAGUCUAGAAUUAUCUUGGAGGGUUUCGCAAAGACUUUGGGGGCUUUUUUAAAAACUAUUUUUUU